AUGACAUCAGAGAGGGCCAUCCCCCACCUGCGAGACAUCUUCAGUCUCAACCAGCAGUACGACGCCAAGCCGUACAAUGACAACGAGGAGAAGGACAAGAAGACUGCGCGAAAGAAGAAGGAGGACUAUCGCACCUACCCAAAUGGUGACGUAAAGACCUUGGAGAGACACCUAAGUAUGAAAAAGACCAUAAGAAAAAAGAUUAUGCGCGAUCUCCAACAGGCGUUCGUUGAAGACCCUAACGAGUUUAAGGUCGAAAACACGAGCCCGGAGAAGUUGAAAGCGGAGCUCAGCGCAGAAGCUGUGAAAAUCGAAAAGAACGUCCGCAAGAACGAUCCGACGUUCCUGGAUAUGCUUCGAGGAGAGACGAGGACCGAGGAAACAAGGGAGGAGCAGCCUCCUGCUGAGAAGACCAGCUUCUGGCGGCGUCUCACUAUGAAGAAUAAAAAUAAGAGAUAA